AUGACUGCUGAAACUGACAUGGUCUUCCGCUUUGUCAAUCCUACCGACGACACGCGGACUUUUCGAGUGUAUCAGGUGGUAGGAACAGCACACGAGGAAUUGGAACUAUACAAGUUUUCACAUUCAAUGACCGGUUCUUCUGGCGGAACCACAACUUAUCAGCGAAAAAAAUAUGAACAUUGGAGCUCGAACACUAUUGCUUCCGUGGUAUAUUUUGGUUUAGAGGAGGUUUCCGUCAGAGAUCUCCGGAAGGUCAAAAAUGCUACCAGCCAUUCACGCAGAUUUAAAUCCGGUGUCGGUGCAGGGUAUAAGUGGAAGAUAUCAGAGAAUAGGACCGACUUAUAUUGUAUCGAUUCACAAGACAAAUACAUUGCAUCGUGGUCGAAUCACGAGAGGAUACUAAGAGUGACCCCACGCGCCAGCGCAAUGUUAGAUCGGCUGGUGGUCACUUGCUUCCUGAAUGUAUGGUUCAAGCGGCUUGGGCGGUGGUAA